AUGGGAGACAAUCUGCUGGGUGUGGCACAGCCUGCACAGCAGGUGCAGCUCCUGCCAAAAGGAGUCUUGAGCCGCCACGCCCAGGUGCGGAAGUGUGGGGCCGAGCUCCUCCUGUCCCUGAUGGAGAGAAUUGGAGUCACAAAGCUGGCAGGCACAGCCAGGGCUGAGAGGCUGGCACACGUGGCAGGGAAGCUUGCUCAGGACUGUCACCAGGACACAAGGCAUUAUGGACAGGAGAUGGUGAAGAUGUUGCUCAAUCAUCAAAAAUUUAAAAUGCUUUUGGAGCGAUCUCUUUCCACCCAUGACCUGGAAGAUAUUCUGACAAGAAUGCAGAAGAAAGGGAUGGAAAACCAGAAGGCUGAAUGCCCAUCUGUCAAGGAGCUGGUGAAGAAGAGGAACGAUGGCUCCAAGAAGCCCCAGGCCACAUUGUCUUCUAGCAAACAGGUGAAAUCUACCUCUGAUGGAUGCCUCCUACACCGUGCACAAGCCCAGGUCACGUUACCUCCGGUUGAGGAAGAAACGGAGCUGCUCCAGAAGCUUUACAAUCUCCUGGAGGCCAACGGGUUUCAGAUGCGCAUGGAAGGAGUGUCACUCCUCCAAGACCUGUGCAAAACCAGCCCCCAGCUCAUCUCCACUAACAUUGUCCAAAUUUUUGAUUAUUUUGUCCUGAGAAUAUCUGACAGCCACAAGAAAGUGAAGCAGAAGGCGCUGGACGUGCUGGCUGAAAUCACAGGCGUCCUGAAAGAUGCCUUGAACCCGGUGAUCAUUGGUUUGGUGGAAGGAAUAACGAAGAACCUGAACUCCAAGGACCCCAGGGUUCGUGCCGCAGCUGUGAAAGCGCUGGAAGAAUCCAUUGCUCAUUUAGGUAAGGCUGAGCCCUGGCAUGGACUCUCCUCACCUGUGUCUCUGUCUCUCCGACACAAGAGAGUGCUGAGUGCCUUGAUAGCUGCUGUUGUCUGUGGAAAGCUCCAGCUGGCAUCCCCCAGAAGCUGUGCAGGUGCAGUCCUUAUGCACCAGUCCCCCAACAGGCUUGAACGUGAUCAGCAUUUCCCAAAAGUCCCAGGAGCCCUUGGCUCUGUGCUGCCUGUCUGAAGAGCAAGUCCCAGACUACAGCUUUGCUACAGUUCAGAGGCAAAGGGGGUUUGGAGUUUGCUUGGGCCCCGUUUGACUUCCCAAAUGAAUAGCUUUGCUCUUGGCAUGAAGGGAGAGUGACCCAUCAGAGCUCCUGCAGAGCAGCCACCGGGAAUGCUCUACAUGAUAGGCAUUAGCUGCCUAUUUACCCCUUUUCUUCUUUGUCUUCUAUUUUCAAAGGGGAACUUAGGAUUCCCCAAGUUCAUUUCUUUAUAACAAACAGGUAUAAACCCAGCUGUCAAUGAUGCCCUGUUCCACAUGUUGUUUUGCAUGGGGCAAGAUGUCUACAGCAGUUAGCUACAUAGGCAAAGGCUGCUCUCAAUUCCUUUGCCACACAGAUUUAUGUCAGCUCUGAAAAUGCCACACUGAGGAAAUAUGCCUGAAAAUAGGAGUGUUGAAGAGGCAGGUGUUCAAGGGGAGUUGCCACUUUCUCCUCCUCAGCUGCUCUGUGAACUCAGGAACUGCCUGACUCGGUGCCUUUCUGUGUCCCAAGUAUGGGGUUCUUCCUUUUUGCUCUGGGAUGCAAAACCAUUUCACUACUUACAUGUGACUGAACUCUUGAUGUCCCUGAUGGGAAAUGUUUUAACAUAGCUCCUGAUACAGCAGACAACUUUGCAUUUACAAAUGUGAAAGGAGAGCUUUUCUUUUGCAAUUUAAAUCCCUGCCAAGCAGACUGGAAGGAAAGAAGAAAAGGAUUCAAAAACCAGCAGAAAUGUACUUUAUUUUAUAGAAUGGGGUUGCCCCUACCCUUUCCCUCUGCACUGUCCUUUCUCCUAUGGCCUCAGAAAAGUGAGCAGAAACAUGUGUUUCACUUGUAGAUAAAGUGUCACUGCUGAAGGAGUUCAGCUACCAGUGGAAUCAACUGAGUGGCCAAGCUCUGCUGGAUGU